AUGGCUCCAUCUUCAAGGACAUCGCCCACUCGAUAUAGGAAAGAUGAUGAAAGGCCAUCUGGGUCUGGAACUCAAACGCAAUCAAAUCUACAAUCAGGAAGAUCUACAUCUGAUAGUACUACAGAAUUUGAAACAGUUCAAACUCAUUUUUCUCAACAACGAGGAACUACCAUUUUACCUACAGCUUUAGUUCAUGUGGAACACUUAAACGAAAAUUUUACUAUUCGAGCGUUGUUGGAUGCUGGAUCGGAAUCAAGUUUUAUAACGAAACGUCUUCAGCAAAAUCUUGCUUUGCCACUGGAGGCCCAUAACUCACAGAUAUCAGGACUUGGUGGUACUGUUGUAGGAAAUUCUAAAGGAAAAUGUUGUGUCACCAUUAAAUCACGGCAAUCCGAUUUUCGGGUUAAGAUUAAAGCGAUUGUGGUCCCGAAAUUGGCGCAUUUUUUGCCGUCUAAGCCUAUUCGAAUUCACAAUUUGCCGGAAAUUAAAGGCUUAUGUCUAGCAGACCCAUACUUUUUUAAACCGUCAGCCAUCGACAUGAUUAUUGGUAGUGAUUAUUUCCCUUAUAUAAAUUUAGCUGGAGUUAAGCUUAAUGUAGGAAAUUGCCUUGAAGCCAGAGAGUCCUACUUUGGAUGGUAUUUGUCGGGUCCUGAGCCAGUAAGCGAAAGCACUUCCUUUCAUACAAUAGUUUCAAAUUCAGAGGAUUUGGUUCUUCACGAGCAAUUAAGAAAAUUUUGGGAGCUAGAAGAGGCUGAAAAAAGCGAUAUAGAGACUGAGAGCGAUGUUUAUUGUGAAAACUUUUUUCAGCAAACCACAACUAGACAAUCUGACGGGCGUUAUAUAGUUCGGCUUCCAUUUAAGAAAAUUUUUCCCACUGAAAUAUUUUUAGGCCCAUCGAGAAAUAUGGCACUUGCACAAUACCACAGGAUGGAAACAACUCUUGAUAAAUCCCCAGAUUUGAAAGAUCAGUACAUGAAAGUUCUCCAAGAAUAUUUAGAUCUGCACCACAUGGAACCUGUUGUAUAUUAUGAGCCUAAAAUUGAAAAGCAUUCAUCAUUUUUUCUACCACAUCACGCCGUCAUAAAGCCCGAAAGUAAAACGACAAAAGUACGAGUGGUAUUCAAUGCCUCAAAAAAGACGGGAAGUGGUUUCUCCCUGAAUGAUUGUUUGUACCAAGGACCCACACUUCAAAAAGAUUUAAUACAGAUUAUGCUACGUUGGCGAAAUUAUAAAUACGUUUUUACUGGUGAUAUCCAGAAAAUGUAUCGGCAGAUUUUGAUUCAUGAGGACGAUCGUUCAUACCAACGAAUUUUAUUUCGCAACAAAACAGACGGGUAUGUGAAUUCGUUUAAAUUGAAUACUGUUACUUUUGGGGUGAAUAGUGCUCCAUUUUUGGCAAUCAGGACUCUCCUCGAGUUGAGUAAAGAUUGCAAAAGUUUGUAUCCUAUGGCAUCCGCCAUCUUGGAAAAUGAAGUAUACGUGGACGACAUUUUGUCUGGCGGACACACACUUGAGGAAGUCAAGCUCAAACAGAGUGAGCUUACUAAGGCUUUAGAAUCAGCAAAAUUUCCAUUAAAGAAAAUGACAGCAAACGAUCAGUCUCUUCUCAAAGAUUUGCCCCGGGAGGAUCUUCUAGACGAAGAUUUUUUGAAACUUGAUGCCUCCAGCACGAUAAAAACACUUGGAAUUCGAUGGAAUGCAAUAACGGAUUCAUUUUAUUAUGUUGUUGAUACAAUUGAAGUUACCCCCUCCACUACAAAAAGAAGAAUUUUGUCGGUAAUAGCAAGGUUAUUUAACCCUCUAGGUUGGCUCGGCCCAAUAGUCAUAAUUGCUAAAAUACUUAUGCAAGAGUUGUGGGAGGAAAAAUCCGAUUGGGAUGAAGGUGUUUCUCCACUCAUACUUACACAAUGGAAUUCAUUUUUGAAGAAUUUGCCAUUUGUAACAAAUAUUAAGAUUCCUAGAUGGAUAGGUUUCUCACCACAGUAUCGCAUAGAGAUACAUGGCUUCUGCGAUGCCUCAGAGAAGGCUUAUUGUGGUUCUGUGUACAUCAGGACGGAAAGCUCAGAAGGCCAAAUUGAUAGUAAUUUGUUAGUUGCAAAAACGAAGGUAGCUCCAAUUAAGAGGACUACAAUUCCAAAGCUCGAGUUGUGUGGAGCUUUAUUGCUUGCUAAGCUGAUCCGAAACUUAGGUGCGAACUGCCAGUUCACAUACGAAUUGUUCCUGUGGACAGAUUCGUCUAUAGUAUUAGGUUGGUUACAGAAACCACCAAACACAUACAAAACAUUUGUUGCAAACCGUGUGGCACAGAUCGUCAAUAUUGCAAGUACUCAUCACUGGAAACAUGUAAAAACAGAAGAAAAUCCUGCAGAUAUAGGAACACGUGGAUGCUCCCCGCAGGAACUAGCAGAUAAAGAAUUAUGGUGGCAUGGGCCCACCUGGCUGAAACUUUCUAAAUCACUUCGGCCAAUUCCACGUACUUUUGAUCCAACAGACUUGGAAGUCAAAAAUACUACAACCUUCCACUUAGAAGUAAAAUGUAUUGAUUUACUUGAAGAAUUUUCUUCCUUUGAAAGGGCGUUGAGAGUUCUAUGCUAUAGAAUUCGAUUUAUAAAUCGCAUUCUUAAAAAAUCUUUCUCAACUGAAAAGUUCAUUACUUUAGAUGAAAUAAGUUCCAUGAAAAUUCGACUCAUCUCUAUUGCUCAAAGGACAUAUUUUGGCGAAGAUUACAAUCGUUUAAAGGAGAACAAAUCAUUAAGUCGCAAAAGCAGAUUGUUGUCAUUAAGUCCAUUUAUUGAUAACGAUGACCUUUUACGUGUUGGCGGUAGGCUUGGUAAUUCGGGUUUAAGCUAUGGAGAACGUCAUCCGAUUAUUGUUCCAGAAAGGUCUCAUCUUGCAAAACUACUUGUUCACUUUACGCAUCGGAUUCUGCUUCACUCCGAGCACCAUAUAAUGUUACGAGCAAUAAGACAAGGUUACUAUAUCCCAAGAGUUAAAAAUCUCAUACGAAAAUGCAUCCGUGAAUGCAAGGCGUGUACGAUUUAUAAACACAAGUUCCAGCAACAAAUUAUGGUCGCGCUUCCCCCAGAACGAGUGAAUUUCUCCCUGCCAUUUACUUACACCGGUGUGGACUUUGCUGGCCCAUUUAGCAUUAAAUCCUCCAAACUUAAGAAAUGCUAA